UCCCGGGAGGAGGAGCGAGCGGCCUCUGUAGAAACAGCGGCUCCGCUCUCCCGGCAAGGGCGGCGGCAGCGGUGCUGGGCGGGGCCGGGCUCGGGGUUAGUGGCGCUGCUGCAGGGGUUGUGCGAGGCGCGGUGGGGCUGCGAGGUGCUCGGGCCCGCCGAGAGGCCGUGCACACUGAGCCGACCUCCACAGCCACCGCGCUGCUCACUCUGGGUGACGUCGCGCCCGGGUCCCCAGCAUGACCGAGCUACGGCAGAGGGCUGUCCGCGAGGACGCACCUCCGGAGGACAAGGAAUCAGAGUCGGAAGCAAAGUUAGAUGGAGAGACUGCAUCAGACAGCGAGAGUCGAGCAGAAACAGCUCCCCCACCAACCUCCAUAGAUGACACCCCAGAGGUCCUUAACAGGGCCCUUUCCAACUUGUCCUCAAGAUGGAAGAACUGGUGGGUGCGAGGCAUCCUGACGAUGGCCAUGAUUGCAUUUUUCUUCAUUAUCAUUUACCUGGGACCAAUGGUUUUGAUGAUGAUUGUUAUGUGUGUUCAGAUUAAGUGUUUCCAUGAAAUAAUCACUAUUGGCUACAAUGUAUACCACUCCUACGACUUGCCCUGGUUCAGGACCCUCAGCUGGUACUUCCUCCUGUGUGUGAACUACUUCUUCUAUGGGGAGACAGUGACAGACUACUUCUUCACUCUGGUCCAGAGAGAGGAGCCUUUGCGCAUUCUCAGUAAAUACCACCGGUUCAUCUCCUUUACCCUGUAUCUAACAGGAUUCUGCAUGUUUGUUCUGAGUCUGGUUAAGAAGCAUUAUCGGCUGCAGUUCUACAUGUUUGGCUGGACCCAUGUGACCUUGCUUAUUGUCGUAACGCAGUCACAUCUUGUUAUCCAUAACUUGUUUGAAGGAAUGAUAUGGUUUAUUGUCCCCAUUUCAUGCGUCAUCUGCAAUGAUAUUAUGGCCUAUAUGUUUGGCUUUUUCUUUGGUCGGACCCCACUCAUUAAGCUCUCUCCAAAGAAGACCUGGGAAGGCUUCAUUGGGGGCUUCUUUGCUACUGUGGUGUUUGGCCUCCUGCUCUCCUAUGUGAUGUCUGGGUACCGAUGCUUCGUCUGUCCUGUGGAAUACAACAACGACACCAACAGCUUCACUGUGGACUGUGAGCCAUCUGACCUGUUCCGCCUGCAGGAGUACAACAUUCCCGGGGUGAUCCAGUCGCUCGUUGGCUGGAAAACCGUGAGGAUGUACCCUUUCCAGAUCCACAGCAUUGCGCUCUCCACCUUCGCCUCUCUCAUUGGCCCAUUUGGAGGGUUCUUCGCAAGUGGAUUCAAGCGGGCCUUUAAAAUCAAAGAUUUUGCCAACACCAUUCCUGGUCAUGGAGGCAUCAUGGAUCGCUUUGACUGCCAGUACCUGAUGGCCACCUUUGUCAACGUGUACAUCGCCAGCUUUAUCAGGGGCCCCAACCCGAGCAAACUGAUUCAGCAGUUUCUGACGUUGCGGCCGGACCAGCAGCUUCACAUCUUCAACACACUCAAGUCUCACCUGACUGACAAGGGGAUUCUGACGUCUGCCUUGGAAGAGGAGUAGUCCACCCAGGGCCAGGAGAGCCGGAAUAGGACUAGAGUGAGGGGCAGGUCACCAAGGCCAGCCCAGCUGCUGUGACUUAGAUAAUGAGAAGCUUCAACUCACCGUCUUUUUUUUUUUUUUUUUUUUUUUUUACCUUUUUAAUUUGUGUUUUUUUUUUUUUUAAAUCUGUAUAUACUGUCUAUAAUGUGGGCUGUGAGUAGCUUUGAGUUGCAAAGAAGUCACAGAGAAGAACCAUUUGGGUUUCUUAAGUACAGGUAUUGAGCAGCAUGAAGGACAGUGCUGCCCAGCUCAGGGUGUCUGCUUGGUGGGUCUGACCCCCGCCCAUCCAGUUGUUUCUGGGUAUGUGAGAGAUCUUUCAUUCAUCUGGGUCUAACUGGUUGAGGGACUUUCCCACCUGCGCGGGGCUUCAUGGCCGCCAUGCUUUUGCUGUCUUUGACCCCUUUCCUUGGGGCUUCUGCAGGCAUCUCCGUCUGGGAGCACUGGAGGGCUGCCUUCUGUGGAACUGUGGGAGGGAGGUUCACCGAUCAGAUGAGCAUCUUGUCCGAGCCAGAAUUCUGCGGGGGACACGUGAGCUUUGCUUACAGUUUGCUUUCACCGUACAGACUGAAAGAAGGUUUCAGACUUCCUCUUCUCAGAAAGCAUGAGGAAUUUAUGACGUCUGGCAAAACAAAAGAAGCCGCUACUGUAAUGUUCCAGAUGUGUGCAGUAGAGCGCACCGACACAGCCCUUUCUGCGCCACCCAGGCAUCUGUGGCCAUGGAGGGAGGUCCUGCAGACCGCAUUUCCAGAGUUGAGGCCCUCAUGAUUGUGCUGUGGGUUUGCUGCUGCUGCUGCUGCGUCCUUCUGGGGGGACCCCUGAGGUGGGGAGCAGAGGGCUUUUGUUCACACUCCCUUUGCCUGGGAGCCCACUUGUGUUGCUGCUGUGUUGUGUAUAUAGGUGAGCGUACAUGUGUCUGUUUGUCACCUUGUUUCCUCCAUGAUUUCAAUCAUACCCGGACGUCCUCAGAGCCCCUACAUCCUGUUUGGAACUAUGGCCAACCUAAUCUGUCAAGAGGCUCCGCCCUUUUCAAAACUCAGUGUACACUUUUUAUGGAGUGUGACCAGUUCACAUGCAGCCUGGGGACCUUUGCUGUUGUUUGUAAGCUGUGAUGAUUCUUCCCCUUCCUAAUUGCAGGUUGAGAUUGACGUGGGAAGGAGUGGCUGGCAGGGAGGGAACGUGUUCCCUGAGUGUUAACCCACAGCCUGCCUCAGUGUACCGACUGCUGAGGAGGCUGCAGUGUCCAGUGCUCAGUCAGCCCUCAGAGUGUCCGCCGUGCCCCAUGGGAGCAGGGGUGGAGCAGCUCCUUGUCUCUCAGCCCUGACUUCCUUGUCAACCUUGUGGCUUUUUGUUCUCAGCUCCCAGGAUCACACUGAGCACAACACUGCUGCCUUCAGCUUGGUUCUGGCUGGGCAGCCCUGAGUGGGAGCUUUGCUCUGAGGGUUCUCCUCUGACUUGCCCUCAAAGUUCACCAAUUCUCAAACUCUGUGGAGAAGUUUCUGUCACCAGCGGCCUCCUGUUGCUAUUAAGUCAUGUCAUGGGCACCUAAGAGAGGAAGUACACUGAGGUGUGUUUUACAAUUGUUCCUUAAGAUUCUCAAUGGUGAUUGGGAUCGAGAAACUGCAAUUUUCUGAUUGAAAAAUAACCUUGGAUCACCAAAUGAGGUAGAGCAGGGCACACCACUCCCCAGCAGCCAGGGCUCACUCUUGGCAGCAGCUGAGGCUUGAGGAAGCUGGUGUCCUAAAACACUGAGCCCAGUGCCCACUGGAGCUGCCGGCCCCAGGUUUUUCUUCUUUCCUGAUUCCCCAGUCUUGUGAGAGCAUUUCCCAGUCAGGUAGCCAGGGGAGCAGUGCCACCAUGCGAUUGUACAGUGUGUUGUUUGUCUCAUUAAACAGGCAGGCCCCAGAGACUGCGUUCCCAGCACCGUGCAGAUCUCCGUGGUUCACAUAGCUUGCUUUACACUCGUUUUGUCUUGUCAGAAAUAAAAUGUUUGUGCCUUUCCUUGUCAU